AUGGGCAAGAAGAACAAGAACAAGAAGGCCGCGUCAGCGGCUCCUGAUAACGCAGCUGCUGAGGACGUUGUUGUUGAGGAUACCAACGUUCCGGAGACCCCUGUUACCCCGGAAACCGAGUCCAAGAAGGAGACUGUUGAGACCAACGGAUCUUCUCUGGAGGAGCAAGUUGCGGCUCUGAAAGAGCAGCUUUCGACAACCACAAAACGGCUGGAGGUGGAGCGAGAUGUGGCCGUGAAGCGCAAGGAGGCUGAAAUUGAUCAGUUGAAGAAAGAGAUGGAAAGCGGAGAUAGGGACGACAAGGUCAAUGAGGAGCAGGUGGCUCAGUUGAAGCAGCAGAUUGAGGAGUAUAAAAAGUCCAGUUCCCAAUCUGAGGGGGAGGUGAAGAAGCUGCAAGGACAAUUGGAAGAGGCUAAGAAGGGAGGAGAUAAGGAAGUGUCUGGGCUAAAAAAGGACCUAGCGGAGGCUAAAAAAGAGGUCGAAGAGGCUCAUAAGAAGACAGAGUCGUUGAAAUCACUUGAGAAGGAAGUAUCUGAGCUUAAACAGAAGUUGCAAGAGGCCGAGUUGGCGAAUUCUUCCUCUGACGAAGUCGAAAAGCUUCAGAAGAAGGUCUCUGAGCUUGAGCUGGCGAACUCUGACACCAGUACUACCAAUUCUACAGAAAUUACCUCCCUGAAGGAACAACUGGAGGCGAAAACGGAACAGUAUGAUAGCUUGCUGGACCGAAUCACACAAAUCAAAUCCACCCUGGGCGAACGACUCAAGUCGGAUGCCGCUGAGUUGGCAGACACACGUGAAAAGCUUGAAAAGGAGUCCGAGAAGGUUGCUCUUCUCAAGGACGAGCUCGUUGAGCAGUCUCAGGAGAGUAAGAAGCUUAACCAGGAGCUCAAACAGGCACGGGAGAAGUUCCAGAGUGAAAUUGACGGACUGUCACGUGAACGAGAUUUGUUGAAACGUGAGAUUCUAGUCGUCCAGGAGACCGCGAACAAGUCUCAGGGUGCGUCUUCCAAGUAUGAGAUUGCUCUUUCUGAGCUCAAGACGGUGAACUCAGAUCUGGAGACCCGAAACAGUGUUCUGCAAGACGAACUCACCGCCCUGAAGAAGUCGGUGCAAAGAUAUAUCGCAGAAAGGAAGGACCUUGAAGACCAGGUCGAAGAACUCAAGAAUGAGAAAACUUCCAGUUCGGGGGAGCUCGAGAAACAGAUUCUGGAACACAAGACAGUGUCUGACAGUCUUAGGAAGGAUCUGGAUAGCGCCCUCAAGGAGACAGAAGAGCUCAAGAGUGAAUGCAAGAAGCUGGAGGAUAAGCUGGCGUCUGCUUCAGACUUUGAGAAGGAAUCCAAGGACAAGUCUCUGUUGAUCGGAAAGCUGAGACACGAGGCUGUGAUUCUCAAUGAGCAUCUCACUAACGCUCUGCAGAUGAUCAAGAAGAGCUCAGAGGGUGAUACAGUCGAUAAGCAGCUGGUAUCCAACCUCAUUCUGUCCUUUGUCUCUUUAUCGAGAGGAGAUACUAAGAAGUUCGAGGUGCUGCAGUUGAUCUCCAAUUUCCUGGAGUGGGACGAGCAAGAAAAGGUCCAGGCUGGUCUUUCCAGAUCGUCUUUCGUAACAGAUGGAAAGCUAGAGAAAAGCAGUAGUUCCACUCAGUUGAGUGGACAAGGGGGGGAUAGACAACCGGCAGUUGGCUUCUUUGGCAAGUUUGCUGAGUUCUUGGAUCGGGAAGCAGGUAAGAAGUGA